AUGGGAUUCCAUAUCUCGCGUUCAACGCGCCUGAGUGUGGUCAUUGGCAUAUCAACGUGCUUUUUUCUCGCUGAGAUCUCUUUGGGAUUUUAUACCCACUCCAUCGCCUUGAUCGCCGAUGCCUUUCACUAUAAAUCCGAGCAAGCCGAUUCGCCUAAGGAACUUUCCUUUGGCUGGCAGCGAGCUCAGCUGCUAGGUGCUUUUUUCAAUGGUGUUCUUCUGCUUGGUUUGGGUAUCAGUAUCUUCUUGCAGUCCAUUGAGCGGUUUAUUGCCUUGCAACAUGUCAACAAUCCUAAGAUUAUGUUCAUCGUGGGCUGUGUUGGCUUAGCGCUCAACUUGAUCAGUGUUCUCUUUUUGCAUGAACAUGGCCACGGCCAUGAUCAUGGUCCACCUACAGUUGAAACUCCACCUGAUCUAAGUGAACACUGCCAUGAGUCUCACGCCACGCAUCAUGAACACAAACAUCUCCAUCUUGGAGAGUCUCACGGUCACAGCCAUGGGCACAGUCAUGGACAUGGACAUGGACAUGGUCAAGGCCACGACCAUGGCGACCUUGGAAUGAUGGGAGUUAUGAUCCACGUCAUUGGAGAUGCAAUCAACAACUUGGGCGUCAUGGCAGCAGGUCUCAUCGUCUGGCUAGCAGCACCCCAUCCCGGUCGCUACUACGCUGACCCAGGCGUGAGCAUGUUCAUUUCCAUUUUGAUCAUGCUAUCCUCUCUUCCAUUGAGUGAAUUUCAUCAGCCCCUCUCGUUGCAUAACAUACUGACCUGUUCUCUAGUGCGCAAUGCCGGGUUAAUUCUACUUGAAAGUGCACCUACCAGUGUAAGUUUCAGCGAUGUCAAACAUGAUCUAGAAAAGAUCAAAGGAGUCAUCUCGAUCCACGAGCUCCACAUCUGGCGCCUGAACCAGCAAAAGACGCUCGCAUCGGUACACGUCGUUGUGUCCGAUGAUUCUGUCGAGGAUUUCAUGAAGAUCGCACGUGUGAUUAAUGAAUGCUUCCACGCCUAUGGGAUUCACUCCAUCACACUCCAGCCCGAGCUCUCCGACGGUAGUCCCGAUCUCGAUGUCGCUCCGGACAGUGACAAGCCGCCCCGGUGCCAGGUUAUCUGCGGCACACUCUGUGAGCCGCUCACCUGCUGUGGCUAA